UCUGUGGGUUCUCGACUCGAGAAAUGUCACUCGGUUAAUUGAAUUAUGUUUUGAAAUUGUUUUCUUUUGUAUUGGUUUUCAAAUAGAUUUAAUUAAUUUCGUACAAUGCGGAAUAAGUUGUAAAUUGUGCAGUGCGUCAGCAAGUUCCUACACAUUGAUAAUGAGUUCCGCAGAGAUGAAUCACAUAAAAAUAAAUCGAUAUAAUUUUCGUAAGAAAAUAGUCAUAUAAAACCGGCGAUAAUUAUUACUUUUGUUGAUUAACAAAAAUCAAUUAUUAAAAUAGGGUCGAUCGAUAGAGUGCAAUUUCAGAAUCAUCGAUAUUUAUAGCCAAUUAUGUCUUUUCGCAGUUUAGGAAAAUUAUUCAAAACGAAAAAGACUGAUAAACAGGAGAGCAAAGAAAUCUCAUUGCCCGCAGAAAGCUUCCACAAGAGUAUUCAGAUGUUGCUGGCUUACUCCGGGCAACAUCUCACCGAAGCUGGCUCGGAAAACAGGGAAGUGUUAUUGGACAGCCCGUCCGGCUGUGGUCUUCACAGCGUGGCGGUGCUCCGCUGCCUGGGUCGAAGCCAUGGCCUUGCGGGCUCAGACCCCUUUGAAGACCUAGAGAUUGACAAGAUUGUUGAUGUUUUCAUCGACCUAUUGAACAAGAUACAAGCCAUAGGCGCAGAAGAGUUGGAUUCCCAAGCUAGUCCAUUCGACGAACAGAUGGCGCUAGCGUGCCUCGCCAAACUAGACGCUGUCGUGGCCACCAACCGCGGCCAUCUGGCACUCAGCAAGUUAACCUGGGCGGACUUCCUGCUGGCCGGUAUGUGGGAGCACGUGCGGCAGGCGCUGGACCUGUCUAGCGACCAGUUUGCCAACAUCGAACUACUGGUUCAACAACUGACUGCGGUGCCAGCUGUGAAGACGGCUUUAGAACGAACGCAUGACAGUACAUAGACGUUUAGUUGUUUCUGAACGAAUCCUGUUUUUUUUUUUUAAUUAGAGCCGUAACAGACAACCGCAACGCAUCGCGACCUCGGUGCGGUCAAAAUAUCUCUUUCUCGCUCUAACUUAUAGCUGCGUCCUUAACUCACGUACGGCGACCAUCAC